GGGCCCUAAUGACGUCAGGGGGCGGGGCUUGUCGUGGCUGCUCUGGGAGCGCGGCCACGUGGGUCUCGGUGGCGCGGCGAAAGCAGCAGCGAUGGGCGGCCUGGAGAAGAAGAAGUACGAGAGAGGAGCUGCCACCAACUACAUCACCAGAAACAAGGCCCGGAAGAAGCUGCAGCUCAGCCUUGCGGAUUUCAGACGACUCUGUAUCCUAAAGGGGAUUUACCCUCAUGAGCCCAAACACAAGAAGAAGGUGAACAAAGGAUCCACAGCUCCUCGGACCUUCUAUCUCAUCAAAGACAUAAAAUUUCUUCUCCACGAGCCUAUCGUCACCAAAUUCCGGGAAUAUAAGGUGUUUGUUCGUAAGCUGCGCAAAGCGUACAGCAAGAGUGAAUGGAACAGCGUGCAGCGGCUGAGAGACAACAAGCCUGGCUAUAAAUUGGACCAUAUUGUCAAGGAGAGGUACCCAACCUUUGUUGAUGCCCUACGAGAUCUGGAUGAUGCUCUCUCCAUGUGCUUCCUCUUCGCAACCUUCCCGCGCACUGGCAAGUGUCACGUUCAGACAAUCCAGCUGUGCCGUCGGCUGACUGUGGAGUUCCUCAACUAUGUCAUUGCCUCCCGUUCUCUGCGCAAGGUGUUCCUGUCCAUUAAAGGUAUCUACUACCAGGCUGAAGUGAUGGGGCAGAUGAUCACCUGGAUCACUCCAUAUGCCUUUUCCCACAAUCAUCCAACAGAUGUAGAUUACAGGGUGAUGGCUACCUUCACUGAGUUCUACACCACCCUCCUUGGCUUUGUCAAUUUCCGUCUCUACCAGUCCCUCAACCUGCACUACCCCCCAAAGAUUGAAGGCCCAGCUUCAGUUGACCAGAAGCCAGAGGAAGAGGAGUUAUAUGCUUUGGACUCGGAGAGCUACUUGGAGAAACUCUCAGCUCUUAGUGCCAGCCUGGCUCGAGUAGUGGCACCAAGCCUGGAGGAGGAGGAGGCCGAAGUGGAUGAAUUCCCUGUGGAGGGAGAAAGUGCCGAACAAGAAGAAGCCCGGAGGAAGGAGCAGAAUGCCCUGGAGAAACAGAAGAAGCUCUUUGAGGGAUUGCGCUUCUUUCUGAACAGGGAAGUGCCACGGGAGCCCCUGGCGUUUGUUAUCCGGUGCUUUGGAGGUGAAGUGUCAUGGGAUAAGUCAGUUUGCAUUGGCGCUACCUAUGAUGUGACAGACCCCAAGAUCACCCAUCAAAUUGUUGACCGGCCUGUUUUGGAGAAGCAAGUGAUAGGCAGGUAUUACCUCCAGCCCCAGUGGGUCUUUGACUCGGUCAAUGCCAGGUUAUGCCUUCCAGUGGCAGAUUAUUUCCCUGGGGUGCUGCUGCCUCCUCACCUCUCACCAUUUGUAUCAGAGAAGGAGGGGGACUACAUCCCACCAGAGAAGCUGAAGCUCUUAGCCUUGCAGAGAGGCGAUGAGCCAGGAGAAGAGAGUGAGUCAGGAGAGGAAGAGGAGGAGGAUGAAGAUGCAACAGAGGAGGAAGAGGAAGAGGAUUCUGAUAAAGGUGAUGAAGGAAGACUGAAGACAAUGGAAGCAGAGAGGUCUCAGAGCAAGACCCUCCCCGUGAAGGUGACAGCUGGCAAGAUGCUGAAGGAGAAUAAGGAGCAGCUGGCCCAAGAACAGCAGAGCGAAGAGAAACGCUUGGCCAUCAUGAUGAUGAAGAAACAGGAGAAAUACCUCUACCAGAAGAUCAUGUUUGGGAAAAAGCGCAAGAUCCGAGAGGUAAAGAAACUGGCAGAGAAACGAAAAGCUCAUGAUGCAGCAGUGAAAUCCGAGAAGAAGAAAAGCAAGAAGGCGCGACGGGAGUAAUGUGGGCCUCUGGUCUCAGUCUGUACCCUUUGUACACAGGCCUACCACAUGGAUGCUCUGGACCUAGAGUGGGUCUGUCACCUGGAAGUUGGAAACCACAGGAUUUCUUACCUCACCUUCCCUUUUCUCUUGAUUCAUACUUCUAAGUCAAAGCCACUUCAAACAGUGGCGCUAAUAUCUUGGCCGUGGGGCCAGGUACUUCUUUGGGGAGUGUUUGCUUAUUUAAAACAAACCUUGACUUUUUCUCCGUUCUCUUCACCGUUUUCGCAUUAUGCGGUAGCUGCUCUGGUGCAUUGGGUCAGCCAGUCAAGGUGGGCUUUGAAACUUAAGAGAACAAUGCAAUCUUAGACAAGUGAACGGCCGUUGCAGUUUCUGUUUGCCGGGUAACAUGUUAUAUGAGGUAACUGAUAAUGUGUGGGUUUUUCCAGCCAUGCUUCCUCUGGCAAGGUCUCUCCCCAUCUGUUUUGGUGUAGAGAACAAUAACUAGGCCCAAACCCCACAAAACUGUCUUUAAAUGUCAUUUUCCAGUAAGUGCGUGAGAGGAAUGAUGUCCUUCAGAGGUCAGGAUACCUCCAAACUGUUGCUGUACUUUGGAAAUAAACUUACUUGUAACACUCAA